AUAAUUUCAAACAGGAAAUUGAACAUUUGUUCUUACUUUAUUUGUUGUCUUGUCGGUAUCUCCUCUCCGCAUCUAUUCUAAUUCCUUCCAGUAAUUUCAACAUUGAACUUGUUCAUGAAUCAAAAAUUGAAUAGAGUUGCUUGAUUUUACAUGGAAACUAGUACCAAUAAAUCUCAAGGUUCAUCUUCUUCAUCUACAACUACUGAUUCAGACAUUGAUAAUAACGAUUCAGGUUGUUGUUCCAGCAGCAGUAGUAACGGAUCUGAUGCUUCAGCAGCAGCUGAGUUGAAGCUGUAUAGGGCUUUUAUAUUCUCUGUGCCUGUUUUCUUCACUUUGAUUCUUGUUUUUCUUUUCUAUGUUUUCUAUUUGAAACCGAGAAGGGUUGAUUGGUCUUCUAUCAGGAUGAGGUCUGUUUCUGUUCUACAACAUCAUAAUCACAACAAUGGUAUCUCCAAUUCUGAUUUGGGGUUGAAGAAGGAAUUGAGAGAGAUGUUGCCUAUUAUUGUGUACAACGAAAGCUUUUCUGUCAAAGAUACACUAUGCUCAGUAUGUCUUCUGGACUACCAACCCGAUGACAGACUUCAACAGAUACCGGUAUGCGGCCAUACGUUUCAUAUGAGCUGCAUUGAUCUUUGGCUCGCCAGCCACAGCACCUGCCCUCUUUGCCGUCUGUCACUACUACCUACUCCGAAAUCUUCGACCGAAACAUCCAAUAUGCAGGUAGAUAACAGUAAUUUCCAAAAUGUCUCUGGAGAAGUCGGGAUCAGUGCUAACUCACGCGUAGAUGUUGAAGAGCAAAAUGUGCGAAUCAACCAAUAGGAAUAUGAAGAUCUAAGAGAUUCUUCUUUCACUUUUACAUCAUUUCUUGUUCAUCCUUGGUGCAAGAACUUGGAUUGGUGAGAAACUUGGUAGUUUUAUGGAGGGUUUGAUCAAUUCGUCACGGCAAACUUUGAUAUAUCCCUGUGCAGAUUGGCAACAAGAUCAUGGACUUUUUUUUCCUUAUGAUUCUUUACAUUGUAGCAUUGUUCUUAUAUGAGAGUUAUGUAUAAGUUAUCAACAUGUAAUUUAAAAUUUUCUGUUCAUUUGAUCUUA